AUGCCAUCUGACAACGCGGACAAGAUCGUCCUAAUCACGGGGAUCAAUGGGUACAUCGCCUCCCAUAUCGGUCUCCAGCUCCUCCAAAAGGGGUACAGAGUGAGGGGCACGUCUCGGUCGAUAUCAGCCAAGGACCACCUGCUGGCCGGCGCUUUCAAGGGCUACGAGGCUCAGUACGAGCAUGUCGAGGUCAAGGAUAUCGUCACGCCGGGCGCCUUUGACGAGGCGGUCAAGGGCGUGCACGCGAUCCUGCACACGGCGUCGCCCGUCGACUUCACGCUGAAGACGGUCGACGAGUACUUUGGCCCGGCCAUCGGCGGGAACCUAUCGAUCCUCGAGUCUGCAAGGAGUGCCGCGGGACCUCAGCUGAAAGCGUUCGUCGUCACGUCCUCGAUCGCCGCCAUCGUGGACCGGUGGAGGCAGCCUCCCGACCACGCCUACACCGAGGCCGACUGGAACGAGAUGGGCGAGUCCGUGGCCCGCAGCGAGUUCACGGCUCCUGUGGCGUACGGGGCGUCCAAGGCUGCCGCGGAACGGGCGGUGUGGAAGUGGGUGGAAACCAACCACCCGCCCUUUGCCGUGGCCGCCGUCAACCCCGCCGUGGUGACAGGACCGCCGGUGUCCUGGCCCGCGACGCCGGACAAGCUCAACACGACGCUCCUGCCCAUCUGGAACAUCUACAGCGGCAAUAAGGCCAUGCCCCCGCAAAUCGGCGGCGCGGGCUACAUUGACGUGCGGGACGUGGCGCGCAUGCACAUCUGGGCGAUGGAACACCCGGAGCAGAGCAACGGCGAGCGGUACCUGAUGUCCAACGGCAAGGCCCCGCCGCAGGCCGCCGCGGACCUGCUCCGGGAACGCUUCCCCGAGCGCGACAUCAUCGUCGGCGACCCGGGCCAGGGCUACACCAAGGACUACUGGUUCGUGCCGGGCGAGUCGAGCACCGCGUCAACCAAGGCGUACCACGCCCUCGGGGUCAAGCGGUUCAUCUCCUACGACAAGAGCGUCCUGGACACGGUCGAGGCGUUUGAGAAGCACUGGCCGGGUCUGGCGCAGAAUUUCAAGCACAAGAACUAG